AUGGCGGCGCCCAGCCCCGCAGCCGCCGCUCCUGGCCCCGAGAGCGAGGAGGGCGGCCCGGGGGGCAAAGCCAAGUCCCCCGCCGUCACCCCGCAGAAGAUCCGGGAGCUGAUCGACGGGGGCAUCGCUCCGGAGGAGGCUGGCCUGGAAGGAAAGGACACUUCUGCCUUAUCUGACGCUGCAAACGGACCCUCCCAGGUUGACGAGCUGCCUUUUGAAACAACCAGCAAAGAAGCUUUCUUCAGCAGGGUGGAAACGUUCACCUCUCUCAAAUGGGCAGGCAAGCCCCAUGAGCUGUCUCCCCUGAUCUGUGCCCGAUAUGGAUGGACCAACAUUGAGUGUGACAUGUUGAAAUGCGCCAGCUGCCAGGCCUACCUCUGUGCCAGUCUACAACUGGCUUUCGACUUCAGCAAGUAUAAGGAGAGGUGUUUGGAGUUGAAAAAAGCCUUGUGCAGUGCACAUGAGAAGUUCUGUUUCUGGCCAGACAGUCCCUGCCCAGAUCGCUUUGCCAUCUUGCUGGUCGAUGAACCCCUGGCCCUUCUCAGUGACUUCCUGGAGCGGUUUCAAAGCCUUUGCCAGUUGGAGCUUCAGUUGCCCUCCCUGAAACCGGAAGAUCUGAAAAACAUGUCCUUGACGGAAGAGAAGAUCAGCCUUCUCCUGCAUCUGAUUGAGGAAGAACUUGACCACAAAGUGGAGGGUGAGAAGACGGCAGCCAAGCGCCCGUCAGAUCUUCUCCAGGUCCAUAUUCCCGCUUGCGUCUUGGCACUCUGCGGCUGGGCUAGUAGCCCUUCUUCCGGAUCCAUCCCUCUCCCCUUAAUCACCUGUUGUCGCUGCAUGAGGAAGGUGGGGCUGUGGGGCUUCCACCAGGUGGAGUCUGCUGUGCCUGAGAUGGACCCAUCUGUUAGCCUGAUGACCACACCCUCCAAUCCUACUGAUGGGCGAUCAGACAAAGUCCCAGCUGUCCCCACGUCUCCGCGCCGCAUGAUCACCCGAAGCCAGGAUACAGCCUUCCCCCUUGGCUCUGAGCAGCAGCGUGAGAAGAGCCCGUCUCCUGUGAUCAGCCGCAUGCGUAGCUGGGAUAGUUCAACACCCGGCGAACGCCUUGAUGGAGAAGCAGCCAGCCCCACCACCCGGAGUCGCCCUGUGACCCGCAGCAUGGGGCAAGGCGAGGCGUGCGGCCUGGGCGCAGAGGUGCCGUCCAGUCCUCAUCGGAGGGCCAAGCGGGCACGCCUGUGCUCUUCUGGCAGCUCGGAUUCCUGCACCCGGAGUUUUUUCAGUCCUGUCUCUCAGCAUCGUGACUGGUGUCCUUGGGUCAAUGCGGUAAAGGAGACGGACGCCUCUGAGAAUAACAGGGGCCAAGUGGACGGGGUGCUGAGGAAGGCGGACCUUGGCUGGCAAGUCGUCCUGAAGGUUCUCCUGGCUUCCAAGCAAACGGAUGGUCUGGCAGAGAUGGAGUCGGAGAGCCUUUCCGUGAAAUCCUGCAAGGUGUUCCGGAUCUUCCGACAGUGGGAGGCAGCCUGCUCUUCUAGCCUUUGAUGGCAAAUGGGGAGUGAGCGUGCCUGGUGGAACUUGCGUUUGUUUGUUUUUUGUUUAAAUGGAAAAAGACUCUGCUUUGUGUCGGAACCAAGGCUGUCCUGAAAACGAAAACCGCCUUCCAGCCCGGAGCAGUUUUUGAGGCCACACUGACAACGGAAGGAGAGAUGCGUGGACUCCUCAGCCAGAAACUGUCAUUUGUCUUUCUCCUUUGGUUUUCCGUGAGUGUUUCCGGAAGCCUUUGCACUGGUUUUCCUCUGCUUGUGUGGUUCUGCACCUCCGUCGUGGGAGAAUCCCAUGAGACGCUCUUGUUGGAUCUAUUUGUUCAGGAAGAAGGGGUCGAUGGACAGUUUCUCGUAUUGGGGCACGAUCAAAUUCUUUCUCUGUUAAGUCUCAUCCCAGCCCACUUCCAAGGAAUUCUGGGAGCUGUGGCCUUAGGGGUAUUAGAUAGAUCAUAGAACCAAACUACAGUUCCAAGCUUCCCAUGGGGGGGGGCGGUUAGUAUUGUGGGAUUUAAAUGCGUUAAAACUGGUUUUUGUUUGUACUGUGGAUGCAGCCCUCCUCUUAAGUUGAUGUCCUUUUCUCUGGUCGAGCUUAAGGGCCAAUCUUUGUGUGAGACUGGAAUUUUCUAGCUGGAACUUGCGUAAUUUGACCUUUUUAAAGUAGCUGGUGGGAGUGGGGGGUACAAUAUGAGUCAGGUCUAUGGUGCAGAGAAAGGGGAGGGCAAACAGCACGGAAGGUGAGAGUUACCCCCAUCCCCAAGGGACACUUUUAAGGGCCAGAUUACACCUCUAGUGUUCUAAUGGGAGAAUGUCAGCAGUACCCACAGUUUGGCCUAAAAUGAGACCCCCUUUAAGGUGCCUCUGUGGUAACUGGCAGGCAUUAUAUUAUCAGUCAAUAAAAUCUUUCACUGUCUUUUUUUAUUUUUAUAACCUUUCAGAGUUGUUCUUGGGCACAUCAUUGGUGGGAAUUCUCAUAUUGUCUUCUGGAAGACUUCCAUAUUCCUGAUCUUAAUCAAUAAACCUAAAUUUUGCAGUU